UAAACCUUUUUGAAGAGUUGCUUGUGAUACCAAACCAAGCCUUAAGUCACGUUCAUUUCAAACUUCAAACUAAGUAGAAGGAUACCUGCUAUGGCUUCUAAUCUUCCAACUAUCGCUGCCGCAACGGCAAGGUCCGCUGCCACGACGACGUCGUUUCAGGAAAAACAUCACCGUUCGGUCUUCGAGCUCUCACCUAGCGUCUUCGACUCUUGCUACUUUCUACCUUCUACUCACUCUUCGAUUUACGAGCCCAACGACAAUGAUCGUCGCAACGUAGGCCUUGAAACGCCCUCAAACAACGUCAUCGCCGAUGGUCCCCAAGACACCGUCGUUUCAGCGCCUAGGUGGACGUGCAACACCUGUAAGGCCCAAUUCGAUUCCCUCCAAGACCAGCGUUCGCAUUUCAAAUCUGAUAUUCAUCGAUUCAAUGUGAAGCUGACAGUUGCGGGAAAGAAUAUUGUUAAGGAAGAGGAUUUUGAGGUGUUGACAUCUGAAUUUGUCAAAGACUAUGAUGUUUCAAGCAUAUCAGGAUCAGAGAGUGACAGCGACAGUGAAAAUGAGUCUCAAAAUCGCAAUGAAGUGCGUGACAAAUCAAGAGAAAUUCUUAAACAAAAGCUAUUUGUUGGUCUUCAAUCAGGUCAAAGUGUUUCUCUCUGGAAGUGCUUGAUUAUGAAUAUGAGUGAUGAGAAUGGAAGUGCAGAGAACGAAGUGUGUGAGAGGUUGAAAUCUCUGAUUCUUGAGCCCAGGGAUAAUAGUCAUUUGCGAAUCGUACUGCUUGCAUCUGGUGGACACUUUGCUGGUUGUGUCUUUGAUGGUGAUGCAGUUGUGGCUCACAAGACCUUUCACAGAUAUGUUGUGAGGGCCAAGGCUGGAAAGAAACAAUCAUCAAAAGAUGCUUCUGGAAGGGCUGCACAUUCUGCUGGUGCUUCACUUCGUCGUCAUAAUGAACUUGCAUUAAAAAAGGAAGUUCAAGAACUGCUUACUUCUUGGCGACCUUAUUUUGAUGCUUCCAAAUGCAUUUUUAUAAAUGCACCUUCAAGUAGUCGUCAAUUGUUCUAUAAUGGAGAAAAAUCACUCUUUUCCAAUCCGCAUUGUGCUAUCAGAAAUAUUCCUUUCACUGUUCGGAGGCCUACUUUUAGGGAAGCAAAACGUGUAUAUAGCCAGUUGACUCAAGUAUCCUUUGAAACGGAUGAGAAGGAAACAUUACAAAGCAACCAAGAGGGCUUAAUAUCAAUUCCAACUGCUGUAAGAAAUACAGACCUACUCUCCAGCGAAGGGGACAUGAUUGAGUUGGAUAACAAAGAUGAGGCUAAAGCUAGUUCAAGCAAAAAGGAUGCACAACCUGUUUUGAGUGAUGAAGAGAGUGAGAAUGAGCUACCUGGCAUAUCAACUCCAUUACAUCAAGCAGCAAAAUCUGGAGAUGCUCACAAUGUCAUGGAACUCCUGGAACAGGGCUUGGAUCCUUGCAUUAAAGAUGAAAGGGGGCGGACUCCAUAUAUGUUGGCUAAUGAGAAGGAAGUCAGAAAUAUUUUUAGAAGGUUCAUGGCAUCAAACCCUGACAAAUGGGAUUGGCAUGCUGCAAAAGUUCCUAGUGCAUUGACCAAAGAAAUGGAAGAAUCACAAGCUGCUAAACAGGCAGAAAAAGAAGCCAAGAGAAAAGCCAGAGCAAAAGAGUUAAAGAAACUAAAGAAAGCCAAAGAAAAGAGGGCACAGGCAGAAGCUGCGUUGCUUAAGAAUGACUCGAAGGCUGCAGAGAAGCAAAUGACUGCCCCAGCUUCUUCUAAGGGACAAUCACAAUCCAAAAGUGGUGUGAAAAUAUCUAAAGAGGAGGAAAUAAGAAGAGCGCAGGCUGAAGAAAGAGAAAAGAGAGCAGCUGCCGCAGAGAGAAGAAUAGCUGCCCUCAAAAUUCAAGAGAACUGUUCAACCUCCACACAUGCCAUUUCAGAACCUAAAGGAGGAUUAGCUGGUGAAAUUUACUGUUCCUGUUGUAAUUCAUCACUUGCUGGUAAAGUUCCCUUCCACCGCUAUAAUUAUAAUUACUGCAGCACAUCAUGCAUGCACGUACACAGGGAGUUCCUAGAAGAUGGAUGAUGUGUUUUGAUAUUAUUUUAUAAUUUUAUGUGCAAAUUUAGAUUAUAUCCAUUUUUUUCUUGAAUAAUGGGAAGAGAAGAAAUUAUUUACCUAUAAAUUUUCCCAUAGAUUAUGGGCAUUUGUGA